AUGAGGAGGACCCUGCAGACAGUUUUAACUGUAUCUGCUAGACAUUUCAGUAAAAGUACAGUGAUUGACAAUCCAUUGCUGAAGUCACCACAGGUUACACUUCCACUGAAUUUUGUGCAAGGACGCAGAGUAGACAGCCAUGGCUCUUCAUCUUUCCCACUUAUAGCUCCAGCUUAUGGUAUGAAGCUGCGAGACAUCGCUAACUCAAAUGAAAAUGACGUUGAUCAAGCAGUGAAAGCUGCUAAAACCUCUUUCAGAGCGUGGAGUGAAUGGUCUGGGUUUGACAGGGGGCUGGUUUUGAAGCGGGCAGCUGCUAUUAUAAGGAAAAGAGCUGAAGAAUUAGCUCGAACAGAAGUGCUGGACACUGGAAAGCCAAUAUGGGAAGCACGUGUUGAUAUUUUGGGGUGUGCAAACACACAUGAUUAUUAUGGGGGUUUGGCAGCUAAUAUUACUGGGGAUUUCCUGCGUCUGCCUGGUGGGAGUUUUGCCUAUACCAUCAGAGAGCCUUUAGGUGUUGUUGCAGCCAUUGGAGCGUGGAAUUACCCUUUUCAGAUGGCCUCUUGGAAGUCAGCCCCUGCUCUGGCUUGUGGUAACACAGUAGUUUUCAAGCCUUCAGAAAGCACACCCCUCACUGCUGUUAUGUUAGCGGAAAUCUUUGUGGAAGCAGGUCUUCCAGAGGGAUGUUUUAAUGUGGUUCAGGGAGAUGGUAAAACAGGUCAACUGUUAAGUUCUCAUCCCCAUGUUGCCAAGGUUUCUUUCACAGGAAGUGUACAAACAGGCAGCAAAAUUAUGGCAUCUUGUUCAAAGGAUGUGAAACAUGUGACACUAGAACUCGGAGGCAAAUCCCCACUGAUCAUCUUUGCAGAUGCUGAUAUGGAGAAUGCUGUGAAAGGUGCUAUUUUGGCAAACUUCACUAACCAAGGACAGGUGUGUUCCAAUGGGACUCGAGUGUAUGUUGAAGAGAGAGUGGCUGAUGAAUUCUUGAGUGCUUUGAUAGACCGGGUGGCCCAGAUGAAGGUGGGAAAUCCCAGCCAUGAGGAGACAACUGUUGGUGCCACCAUCAGCGCUGAUCAUGCCAAGAGGGUUUUGGGCUACAUUGACCUGGCGAAGAAAGAAGGAGCAACAGUUGCAUACGGAGGUGAACGUGUACAGCUGGACGACCCUAGUUUGGCCGGGGGCUACUAUUUACGGCCGUGCAUUCUGACAGCUUGUCGGGACAACAUGACUGUUGUGAAGGAGGAAAUCUUUGGGGCUGUCAUGUCUGUGCUCACUUUCAGCUCUGAAGAUGAAGUCAUAACUCGGGCAAAUGAUUCAGAAUAUGGGUUGGCUGGAGGCGUUUUCACAAA